AUGUCAAGCUCUACAAAUGCCCAAUGCAAGGAUAACACCCCGUACACCCUUUACCAUAACUUUUGGUCUUCUUGCAGUCUCAUGCUAAGACUUUCUUUGGUGCUCUCCAAAGACACGCACGAUGGCAACCACAUUCAGUAUCAGGAGUCGGAGAUUGAUAUCCAACAUGGCGGUCAAAUUGACGAGUUCUUCAUGUGCGAAGUUAAUCCCAAGGGCCAGGUACCGGCGUUAGCAAAUCCCAAAGAGCUGCCUCGUCCCAUUACUGACAGCCUUGACAUAACUUCCUAUCUGUUCCAAUUCUACCCGAAUAUGUGUCCGCCUCAGUUUUCGUACCACAUUAACAAAUAUCUUCGCGAACUACAUGGUAUUAACUUAUUUACCUUGAGUUUCUUCAAGUAUCAAGCUAGGGGGGAGUCAUUGAUGGAAGUGACUCUUAAAGCGUUAAGCGACCCGGAAAUAUCUGCAAAAUUUCGCUCAGCACUAGAGGCGAAAAUUGAAUUCAUGAGCUCUGUGGGGGAGGUUGCUUUCCUUCCCCAGACGUUGAUUUCAGAAGAAAAGAAGACUUCACUGCUCCUGCACGAGCUACAAGAUGUUCGCGACCGACACGGUUCUCCGUCUUCGCUGUGGCUCUUUGGCACCGAGUUUGCCACUGCUCUGGAUGCCCAUGUGGUUGUUUUUCUUGCCCGCUUAAAAGAUGUUGACCGGUGGUACUUAGUGCCCAGUUCCAUGGCCUUGUACGCUGAUAAGAUUUUCGAAACGGCUGUUUGGAAGGAUUUUAUGCAAGGAAGAACUACAAUGUAUUCGUACUAA